AACAUUACGAACUGGAUGUUGGUUCAUGAGUCGCAGCGCUCAAACGAGAAAACUUUCUACACACCUUCAAGUUUUUACAGUGAAUCGCGCCACAUGUAGUAAUGAACAUGUAGUAUCACAUGGUACAAACCCCUAGUGAGUAAAAGUGGAGUCCCUCCAACGGUAGAAUCAUACUUGUUAUCUGCGUGAUGAUGCACUUGCCUUCAAGAUACGCAACUCAUUUCCUGGAUUUGUGAUUUUGAGUUACAAUACUGCGGUCCCGUGGCAACGCAGCGCACGUUGUCAUGUGCGUGUCUUUUCCCUUUUUCUUGAGAAAUUGCGUUUGGGGCAUCUGCGUUUCACUUCUGUCAAGUCUCCAGGCUUACUAACAGGAUGGGAAACACAUGAAAUUAUCCGCUUUCCUGAGAAACCUGAGAUUUAAAAGUAUUGGAGAUUCGAUCAUGGAUGGGUCUACGAACAGCCUUGACGAUGUUUCGGGCAGCAGCGCUGAGUUUCCGGACCGGACGUCUCUGAUGGAGGUGCGACUGCUGGCCCAGGAGGACGAGAUCACGCUCCUCAAGUCCUCAUUGGCCGACGCCCUGCGCAAGCUCCGCCUCCACGACCAGCAGAUGCUGUUGCUGAAGCAGCACCUCAUCGCAGUGAACCCUUCGGCGGCUCGCUCCCUGAACCAGGUCUGCUGUGCUGACGGCCUCUCCAGAUCCUGCAGGCUGUCCAGCAGCUCCCAGGAUGGCCUGUGCCUCUCUGGCUCCAGCCCGGUCACAAACAGCACUGGGGAGGAAAAUGGGCAUACUAGGCCUUCUCCUACACUCCCAGGCCCCAAGCAGAGACCCAUCUCCCAGGACAGGGCCACCCAGACGGAGCUCACUCUCCAGGGCUUGGGGUCGGGGCAGGAGAGGGUCCCCUUGGCUCUCACCAGGGCGGUGCAGAGCAUCUCCCUGGAGGACGCUCUCCCCGAGGGCAUGUCGGUGGUGCUGGAGGAGAGCGUGCUGGAGGAGGGGGAGGAAGAGGAGGAGGAGCAAGAUGAAGGGGCUGGCGGGGGCCGGAUGAAGAACUCUAGCUGGACCCCCGGGGUGGAGGAGGUCAUCCAACCCACCAGGCUCCUCAGAAGGGUCGGGGCAGAAGCUCAGGACCACAACGGCUCGUCCGAGGACCAGGCCGGAUCCGCGCCACAGACCCCCACCUCGGGCUCCCCGAUGCCCUAUAAGGACCAGUGCCCCAGCCCCCUGCCCCCCAUCCUGGAGGAUUUGAAGAAGCCCCUGGUCCGCAGGAACAGCGAGAGGCUGGUUAAGGAGACCCCAGAGAGGACGAAACAGAAGCUGGCCAAGAAGGCAGCAUCCUCAGCCAACCUGCUCACACGAUCCCCUAGUCUGGAAAGCCGAGCUAAAGAUCUCAUUUCCAGCACAGGGUCCCAGGGGUCCAGUCGAGGCCGAACCACACAAGGCCAGUCGAUAAAGAUGUUCCUCCGGGGUCGACCCAUCACCAUGUACAUCCCGUCCAACAUCCAGAACUACGAGGAGCUGAAGAUGGAACUGCCAGCUGAGAAGCUGGAACUGGACUGGGUCUAUGGUUACCGGGGUAGGGACUGCCGGGCGAACCUGUACCUGCUGCCCUCGGGAGAGGCCGUCUACUUCAUCGCCUGCGUGGUGGUGCUUUACCACCUCAGCAACCGCACCCAGAGACACUACCGCAAGCACACAGACUGUGUGCGCUGUCUGGCUGUUCACCCAGACAAGAUCCGUGUGGCAUCUGGGCAAACAGCUGGAGUAGAUAAGGAUGGCAAGCCGCUGCAGCCGUUGGUGCACAUCUGGGACUCGUCCACGCUGGUGACUCUGCAGACCAUUGGCCAGGGCUCCUUUGAGAGGGGAGUGGGCUCCGUGGCUUUCUCCCAGUCUGAUGCGGGAGCGUUUCUGUGUGUGGUUGAUGAAUCUAAUGAGCACAUGCUGUCUGUGUGGGACUGUGCCAAAGGAACCAAACAUGCUGAAGUGAAGAGCACCAAUGAGGCCGUGCUGGCCGUGGAGUUCAACCCCGGCGACAGCAGCAACAUCAUCACGUCGGGCAAGUCCCACGUGCACUUCUGGACGCUGAGCGGCGGGGCCCUCACCAAGAAGCAGGGCAUCUUCGGAAAAUACAAGAAACCCAAGUUCAUCCUGUGCUUCGUGUUUAGCCUAACGGGGGACGUGCUGACGGGAGACUCAGAGGGCAACAUUCUCACCUGGGGCAAAUCGCGCGCAGAUACAAAGACCCUGGGCAAAGGAGCUAAAGAAACCUUUCAGAUCAUGCGUCAGAUGCGCGCUCACGAGGGCAGUGUUUUUACACUCUGCGUCCUGCAGGGCGGCGCUAUCCUGAGCGGCGGGGGCAAAGACCGCAAGAUCAUCCGCUGGAGUGCUGACCUGGCCCCUGAGAGGGAGUGUGAGAUUCCAGAGCAGUUUGGGGCCGUCCGCACCAUCGCUGACGUGGACGGGGAGGAGCUCCUGGUGGGAACGACCCGCAACGCCAUCCU